AUGGCAUUUUUGAGUUCAAUCGCAGGCAGCCAUGUGGUUUUCGCUGCGUAUGGAGCGGUCUGCUUACAUCAUUGGACAGAGCGAGCUGUUCGUCUGCAAAGCGGAGCCAUUGAGUGUACACUCUGCCUGGAGCUAUUCAGAAGGCUUUCUGUGCCGGCCUCUCCGGUCAGUGAAGAGUGUCAACGUCGGGUGCAUGAACGACGGAGCACUGCUGUCAAAGAGAUAGCAGUGUUGUGGUCCAUGAUCCUCGACGUUUUUUUAGUGUCCCUCUUGGCAGCACUGGCUUGUGGCUUCGAGCUUCCAACGCUGGGCGGCAUGGCACUACUGGUCUCGUUAUCCACUGGACGCAUGAUUAUCAAGAGCCUGGGGGAUCUGCAUGACCUGAGCCCGGACAGGUUGGACCGUGACAUGACGGUGGUGAGUGCUUUGGUCUUCACGGCGACCUUCGGGAUGCCCCGGGAGCUCAUGGCGGGGUGCUACAUGGCCCGGAUUAUGUGCUUCAGCUUUGCAAACAGCAAGCUGGGAAACAAGGUGAACGUCAUGCUCGCUCCCUGCUAUGUGCUGUCGCAUUGGUUGAGCAGCUCAACGAAUGCGCCGCUGGAAUCUCUGAUCUUCUAUUGCCUCAACGAGAUCGUGGCGGUUGCACUCAUGAUCCUGGUGGUGACAAAUUUGGAGACCAAGGAAACUGACCUGGCCAUGGCCACCCUGGAGCUAGAGGCCAAGGUGCAAGAGGUUUAG